AUGGAUGGAAAAUUUUUGUUUUUUCUACUUCUAGCAGCCGUAAAUGCUCUUGGUGCAAAUCUCACAACAUUUUUCCAAGAGAAGAAUUGCGACCCAAAAUGCACAUUCGAAACUCAAAAUCUUGCAUCGCAGACUGUCGGCUUGUUUCCCUCCAAGUGCAGUACAGAAAAGUUGGCAAUAACAUUUUUAAAUAUGAAACGACUAAUUGGAUCCAUUUCUGUGGCCGGUACAAAAUUCAAAAACGUCAGUUUUUUGGCAGGAUUGGAAUCUAUCGAUUGUGGAAACUCCUUGGUCUUUAUUAGUUUUAAUAAUCAAAUGGUAGAACUUGGUCUCACCAAUUUGACUUCUAUAUCUUGCUCCAGUUUCCAAAUUAAUUCAAACAAGAAUUUGAGAAGAUUGGGAAUUUCCAAAUUGAAAAACAUUACUAUAAUUCCUUCCGAUUAUAACAUGGGAGUCUACAUUGAAUCGCAGUCAAAUAAUUUUUGCAUCACCACUGAGGAAAUGGAAAAUUUGAUUUGGAAUGUCAACUUGGAUGCACGUUUUGGAACAUAUUGUACUCCGACAAAAACUGAAAAGCUCUGCAUGCCUCCUCAAAUGUGUUUGAGAGUUUUUGGUGAUUUGGAAAUUGGUUCAGGUUCCGACUUGAACUCGAUGAAGUCUGUUCAGAUAAUUUUCGGCAGUUUGAUUAUUAACAGAACCAACUUGACCAACUUCAACUUUUUGGAAAAUUUGAAGUACGUAGCACAGAUGCAGAAAGACAAAUCUGCUAUCAUUGUGGAAAAGAACCUCGAUCUUGUCAAUAUUUCCUUUCCAAAAUUAAAGCGCGUGCGAUCCGACAAUUUACACUCAAUAGUUUUCACUGGAAAUAAUCAAAAUACGAGUCGGGACGUGGACGGCUGCAUCCGUUUGGCAGACGAUCUGGGCCUAUUUAAAAGCUGGUCGCCAAUUUUUGAUGGUAAAGAUUGUAUAACGAUGAAUUUCACAGUUCACUGGCCUGAGAACUCUUCCACAAAGCAAGGAAAAAUGUGCUUAUUAAUAUUGAAUACUUUUCUAUUUUUUAUAGCAGUUGAGCAGUUUAGUUGA